AUGUGGCUCUAUCGAGGUGCUCAGUCGGCUGUCUUCUACUAUGCCACGUGCACUCCAUGUGCGAGUUCCGUCGACCGUCGAAAACGCAGGAAGGAUGCCGCCCGAUCGCAGCGUGAAAAGGAGAAACUCGAUGCCAUUGUUACCGAUCAGCCUCGACCGUUUCCACAGCCUACGCCGUUUAGUACCAACCAGGGAUGGAUGGAAGAGAUUACUCUGGGACCGGGCCCUCCGGCACGAAGGGGCGGUCUUCGGAACACUCACCGCCGGACGGACAGCUGGAACACGGAUGCACAGUCUGCGAAUUCAGCGAACGACGUACCACGCACCGGAGGUUCGGCACAGAAGAAGGACAAAGGCAGUCUGAUGCAGCCUGUCAGUGACCGGUGGAAUCGCAUGCGAUAUCAGCGUGAAGACGAACCACUAUGGGGACAGGAAGUGGAGGUCAAAGGGUCUUCGGUUGGUCUCUCGGGACGCGGUCGAACGGAUGUGAAGGAACCCAGCAAGUAUUAUAUCGCUCGGGUACCCCCGGUUAAUGACCUCCACCCUCCCAUUGUUAGUGGACCGAAGAGUAGGGCUGAAACUCGAUGGAUGUUGCAACCACCACCAAGUGCUAAGGUUAUGGCCGGAAAAGAACGUACUAGUGCGUCUGUUCGGACUAGUUGCUACCAGAAGUUCUCUCCAGCGGGGGAAAGAAACUACCAGCUGCCACCUAUAUCAGCUCAGAAUACGGAAAGGAAGACAUUAAAUCCCUCUCCGACAUUGACAUCCUCCAUUGAUCCCGAACCCUCAACUACUGGUAAAACAAAAAUGGAGGACCAACUUAUUCAGCCACCAUCCCAAGCUGUGUCCUCCUAUGGAUGUGAUGAGUCUAAUUUUGUUAUAUCGACUUCUGUUCAAUUCCAAUGCGAUUCGUCCAUUUUAUCCACCGAUUCUGAGUUGGAGUCUCCAAGAGCCUCGAUGCAUUCCCCGCAGACGCCGAUCUCACGGCCCGGUUCCAAGGACACCGAAGGCUACGCAAAGCAUUUCCGCCCCGCAAUCUCGAAGACCCUCUCUACUGGACCACGCGACAAUCAAAAGGUUCAGUUGCUACACCUGGAGAUCAACGAACCACAUGAAGAAGUGGGACUGGGUCAAUUCAAACCCAUACGGCCUUGGCGAUGGAGCAUGGACAUCUGA